UGCUCAACAACUGCGCUGAACUGCGGAAGGGGUGGAACUGAAACUAUUUUAUUCUUUUACAAACCAGCAAGUAGUCUUGCAAAAUCUGCAAAAUCAUUUUCCAAUAAGGGAAGCUGGUUAACCUGUUUCACAAUUAAUAAUUCCUGUUUUCAAAAACAACCUCCUAAGGUUUUUGUAAGUCACUGUUGAAGCAGGGUGAAACAAACCACUCGCUACUACUCUAGCUGUCUCUGUCUCUCUAGCUUCCACAGUAAAAGGAAGUGUGUAAGAAUUAUUCAGAAUCAAGCGUUUCUGUCACACCGAUUCAGCCAUGAAUCUGAUCUUGUGGGGGAUUGUGCUUCUCGGGAUUUAUGUCGAGCAAUCAGUUUCACAGAUGGUGGAGUGUUUUUCAUUAUUUGACCUGUCCUCUGGGGAAUGUGGUAAACUUUUGGGUCAGGUUGGAAAACAGGACUGUUGCAUGAACCCCAACUAUGGCUACAAAGAACCAGAUGGCAUUUGUAGGUCCUGUGGGUUGGCGACAUGGUCUGAAUGGACUCCCUGGGGCGAGUGCUCAGUGAGUUGUACAGAGGGAGUCACCCAAAGGGAACGGAUUUGUCAUGGAAUUGGUGAUUGCAAAGACCCUGAAAGGCUAGGAACGAUUCAGACUAAGCCAUGUGUGAAAAAAGAAUGCUGCCCAGUGCAAGGUGGCUGGUCAGAGUGGGGGAACUGGCAGCCAUGUUCAGUCACAUGUGCCAAUGGAAUUAAAAAAAGGCGAAGAACAUGCUCCGAACCCAUUCCACAGUGUGGGGGCUCCUGUAGGGGUGCAGAGGAAGAAACCGCCCCUUGCUUCACUGAAACGAUCUGUCCAACUCACGGUGGGUGGUCCAGCUGGGGAAACUGGGGUCCCUGUCCAGUUACUUGUCUUUAUGAAGGACGUAGUCCUGACAGAGAACUUCGUAGAAGAACAUGCACCAACCCUGCUCCAUCCUUGGCUCCACCUGGCAAUGAUUGCGAGGGCUCCAACACAGACGGCCGCCCUUGCAGCGGACUACCCUUCUGCCCUGUUGAUGGAAACUGGGGCGCUUGGAUAGGUUCCACACCCUGCUCUGUGACGUGUGGCGUAGGCCUGCAGACUCAAAUUCGGGUGUGUGAUUCUCCUAAACCCACACAUGGUGGGAGACAGUGUCGAGGUGAAGAACAAAAAAAUGAUGUUUGCGUCGUUCGUGUCCCCUGUCCAGUAAAUGGGAUAUGGGAUGAAUGGAGUGAGUGGGGUCAAUGUAAACCACCUUCCACUAGAAAAAUCAAUUGCCUUAACAGGGAGGGAAACCGAAGGAGAGAGAGGGACUGUGUUAACAGAGAACACAAUGGAAACUUCUGUGAUGGAGAAGUUGUGCAACAUGGCAGCUGCUAUGACAUUAAUAAAUGUGACAUGGCUGGCAUCUUGUCAGAGUGGAGUGAGUGGAGUUAUUGCAAACCUGACUGUGGGAAAGACUCUAAACGAUCAAGAGAAAGAAAGUGUGUUCCUGACAUCUCUACAUACCGUUCGCAAGACCGCAGUAUUUUUGCGGGGAGGCCGUAUGUUGACUGUAAGAAUGUGGAGCCACAAACAGAGGAAAGACCAUGUAAAAAUGUUCCUGAGUGCAACGAUAAGCUUAAAAGAGCACAGGCGCGAAAAUAGCUGUUGAAGACAAAAGGACCAGUUGCUGUACACGGUAACCUCACAAGCAGCUGGAAGGAUCUCAACAUGCCAAGCUGUUCUGUUAUGAAAUAUGCUGCUAACAGAAAAGUACUUGCUUUAUUAGCCUUAGUUAAAUGGUUGGAUUGAUUGUCGAUUAAUGCACACCUUUGUAAACUGCUUUGCUGCCACAAUAAAGUAUUGAAGUAAUGCCUUAUGUUGUA